CUUUUGUUGAGAAGGUCUCCUCAGAUCUGUGAGUCAUGCUUUUGCUGUGAGCCGGUAAGCAACAGUAAGAGGAGAGAGGCAGAGCUGUAUCUACCACAUCCCCCUCUCUCUCUCUUUGGAUCUCUGAAUCGUUGGAACCAAGCAACCAAGCAUUCUGGAAGCCUCUGGAACCUUUUUUCCCUCCCUUUCCUUCAUGUUCUGUUUCAAUGGAUUGUGUUCAUCUUUUCUGGUUCUUUUCUACCUACGGAUUGGAUCAGUGCAGCGUUGGAUUUUCCUAACGACAAGCUCAGCCUCAACAUCAUCAGCAGCAGUAACUCUGCUGCUCGGUUACCUCCUCAACAGCAGGGAGAAUUACAGUCAACCAUCGUACGGGGCCUGCUAUGAAUGCUGUAAGGCAUUUGCUAUGUUUAAGGAGGGGAAGAUAAUUUACUUGGCGGCGUCACAUCUGCCAGUGCAUUUGUAAGGCAGAGGAGGGGGCAUGCUUCACCGCACCAAAUACAACCGAUUCAGGAAUGAGUCAGUGACGUCCGUCGAUGAUCUUCUCCACGGCCUCGCCAUGAACCCGAAGGUCUCGGCUCCCUCAGCCGAGCCUCCGUAUGCCCCUCCGGUGGCCUCUUCCGAUGGCGGCGAGCACCCCCACCCAAACCCAGCCGCCGACCCCUCGGACGAUGGAGCCACCACCCUGUGCACCCUCAUCAAUAAGGUUUCUAACCUGAAAUUCACCAACUCAGGUUCCAGCCUCCUGGGCAUCAAGAGCCUCCCCUCCCACGUCAAGGACCUGGCUGUCUCCAAGCUGCAGGGGGGUGGAGGGUCAGGCGGGGGCUCUGGCAGCUGUAGUGGUAGUGGCCCUGGCUCCAGUGUGCCAUCGGCAGCCUCCGGUGGCGGUAAUGGUCCCUCCUGCGGAUCAGCCUCCAGCGUCCUCCAUCACCAACCCUGUGUCCACUCCUCCCUGCAGGAGCCAGGCACCAUGAGCAGUGCAGCGGGAAAAAAGGGUAGCAGACUGGUGCUGGAGGACAGGGAGGUGCAGCAGGGACAGGGACAUGGAGGGGAGGACUGGGGGCCUAGUGGAGGCGGCGGCCGAGGAAACAGCAACACUGGACUGGUAAAUAAACCCUUUUCCAGAGGAUGGCUACAUUCAUGUGAGAAGAUCUCUGGACCCGGAGUGACGUACAUUGUAAAGUAUUUGGGUUGCAUCGAAGUGCUUCGGUCUAUGAGAUCUCUGGACUUCAACACAAGAUCGCAAAUAACAAGAGAGGCCAUCAGUUUGGUGUGUGAGGCUGUACCUGGAGCCAAAGGAGCACUCCGGAAGAGAAAGCCCCCAUCUAAAAUCCUGUCCAACAUCUUGGGGAAAAGUAACCUCCAGUUUGCCGGGAUGAGCAUCAACUUGAAUAUCUCCACCAGCAGCCUCAACCUGAUGACCCCAGACUCUAAACAGAUCAUAGCCAAUCAUCAUAUGCAGUCCAUUUCCUUUGCUUCGGGUGGAGAUCCAGUCAAUGAUCCAGACACGACUGAUUAUGUUGCCUAUGUAGCGAAAGAUCCUGUCAACCGUAGAGCGUGUCAUAUUCUGGAGUGUUCUGAUGGUCUGGCCCAGGAUGUGAUCAGCACAAUCGGCCAGGCAUUCGACCUUCGCUUUCAGCAGUACCUGCAGUGUCCCUCCAGCAAGAUGACCCCUGUACAUGACCGGGUUCUAAAUGUGGAGGAGUCGGUGUGGAUGGAGGAGGAGGAGGAGCCAGCUGAGCAUCCCUACUACAACAACAUCCCGGGCAAAAUGCCACCCCCCGGAGGCUUCAUCGAUACUAGGCUAGGACAGAGCAACCAAGCUGAGGUCAAGCAGCAGAUUCCAGGGGAUGAUCAGACUUACUACCAGGACAGACACUGUGGAGAAAGCUGGGCAGAGGACAGAAGGCCUACGGGGAUACUGGUCCGGCAGGGAUCAUGUGACACCUACAGCGUGCCUGAAGGAAAAAGUUCUGUACCAAAAACGGGGGAUGUGCCUACGUACGUGAACACCCAGCAGAUUGACGCCCAGGUGCUGGCUGUGCUGCAAGCUAAACAGGACAGCAUGGCCACCGAGGGGGCAGUGGGCACAGGAGCCAAAGACAGCCCCAGGAAAGAUCUGUUUGAUAUGAAGCCUUUUGAGGAUGCUAUCCUGACCCAGUCAGCAGUGCCUGCCCUGCACAAGGCUGGGUCCGUGGAUAACUCCAGCCCCCUGUUGGUGCGCUCAGCUGCCUUCAAGGCCCAAGAGGAGCUUGAGGGCCAGGUCUGGUACCACAGAGAGAUGAGCCGACGGGACGCGGAGAAACUACUGCUAGAUGACGGAGACUUCUUGGUUAGGAAGAGCACCACGAACCCAGGGUCGUAUGUACUGACGGGCAUGCACAACGGGAUGGCCAAGCACCUUCUGCUAGUGGAUCCAGAGGGCACGGUACGGACUAAAGAUCACAUAUUUGAUAGCAUCAGUCACCUCAUAGGCCAUCACCGUGACAACAAUUUGCCCAUAGUGUCUGCAGGAAGUGAACUGUGUUUGAAACAGCCUGUGGGAAACAGGAAACAGUGACGAUCCAUGUGCUAUGCCUGAUGGGAAAUGGAGUUCUGACAGUGAGACUUCCAAUCCCUCCUGAAAACCUAAAACUUGAAGAUGAAAAUAGAGAAUAUAUUAUUGUUGAAAAAGGUUACUUAAUGAUGACAAUAUCUUGGAAGCAGUUGGAGGUUCUGCAGACGCUUGUGCUGCAAAGAAGGACAAAGAAGAAGAGGUUUACUGAUAAAAUAAUUUCUAGAACUGUUAUUAUUUUGUUGUGAUGAUUGAAAUGCUAUAUUUUUGAGAAGAUAUAUGGGUGCAUUUGGAACAUAUAUUGAUUUGGUGUUUUAAAAACAAAAAAGAACCAAUGCCAGUCAUUUAGAUGAUGAAAUUCCACCUCAAGGAGGGAGAAGAAAAGUACAAACCCGAAAUAUUUGUUUUGUCUAUCAAGCACAACCAGAUUUUCAGUCAUUGGUUAGUCUGAGUUAAGUAGAGGAAAACAACUAUUUGAAAAUGCUGAUGUUUGUACUGAAACUCUUGUAGGAUUAUGUGUCCUUUAUCGCAGCUAUAGCAAGAUGACAUCUUCUCUUAGGGUCACCAAUGAAUAUUGCCUGGUCACUGAUCUGUUUGUGCUUUCUUGUUGAUACUAGAGGGCAGGACAAUGACAAUGUCCACAGGACAUGGCAGUUGGUAGAACAGAAUUGUGGCCUUGAUUCCUUGCGUCCUCUUUCCUUGCCCCUACAAACGCAUUGACUUUUGCAAACACCAUUCUCUGAGUUUUACUCUGGUUUUACUUUUGCUAUAAUGUGCUUUGAGGAGGCAAGAAAGGAGGAUGUGAGGAUGUGAAACAAGGUUGAUUGAGACCCCCCCCCCCCCCGCCCCCACAGUGAUAUUUUUUUUUUAUGAUGAAGUACUCUUUCUGUGUCACUGCAUUCGCAUGACUUGAAAAAUCAAACUAUUCUCGUGGACAUUAUUCGUAGACUUUGAACCACCUUGCAAGGUGCUUGUGUAUGCUCACACUGUAAAAAAAAAUACAAACUAUUUAUUGCUUUUCAAAUGAUUAUUUCUUAAUUGGUUUCUGGAUCCUUUCUUUAAACUGGAUGUGCAGUAAUUCAACUCGUUUUGGAUUUUGAUCAUGCAAAUUAAUAUUCAUUUCUAGCAUUUAUGGCUUUAUUGUGGACUUAAAAAAUUAUUAUUCAAUAAAUUAUCUACAAACGAAUAGCACAAUCAGACGUUUAAAGAUUAUCUGUGUUAAUUGUAUUGAGGACAAUUCACCAACGUGUUUUUGCGUAAAUCACUGUACUGAAGUGAGGUAUAGAAAAAUCCUCUCAAUUUCACCUAGUGCACCCUUAAUUAGAUUAAUCAUUUUAGAUCACUUUCUCUUAUUGGUGUAACACAUUGAUUAUAAAUGAAUUGUUAUUUUUCAAUGUAUGGAUUUCUACAGGUCUUUUGGCAGAAUGGUCAUCGUUAUCACAGAAUAAUCAUAAUUAAUGGAAAAGCUUAUAGAUACUACAUUUAAACUGUCCUGUUACCUAUGCAUUUUGACUGAAUUUACAAAACCAGGAAUAAUGCACUGGUAUUUAACAUGUCAUAAUAUAUGUUAUAUAUAUUUUCCAUGUACUAUUGUAAUAACUAUUAAUUUGUAAUAUCAUAAAUUAUAUUGGAGUUGUGUGGGAAAUCUUCCAAUUGGACACUAAAAAUCUAUACAUUCAAUUACAGUACAUAUUUGGUUUUGUUUUUACAGUCAUUGUAUAAGUAACAGCUACAUUUAUAUAAACGAUUAAGUUAGAUGCUAAAAGGAAUGUUUUAGCCUCAAGUUCAUGCUCACAUUCAUACUAAGACAGUGUAAUCCUAUGACUAUUACCAAAACAUGUGACACAAACAAUCUUAUAUAUUUCAGUGUUUUGAUAAUGAAAUGUAUACUGUAGAAAGGAACCAAAACAGAAUGCUUUCUCAAUCCCUUUGAUUGAUAGGAAGACAGUUCAAAUAUGAUACUGUAGGCUACCUGUAUUUUGCUGCAAGGGGAACAAUUUAUGCAUCUAGCUACUCUCCCAAUGCAGUCUCUCAUAGAAGGUAUCACCCUGACUAAGCAAUGGGGACUUCAACAGUAUCAUGACAACAUUUUCUAACUCUCCCUAUAAAAAUAUGAUACAAUCUACACAUUUGCCUGAAGCAGUUUGAUGUGCUUAGUCUUAUAUUACAGAUUUCCAAACCGCCUCCUGCUUAAGUAUCUGUUUAUGAGAAAAUAAAAAACAACAGUAAUAUAUUUCAUUGGGCACACCUGUACAGUUACCUUUUGAAAUGGACCAAAAUUAUGAAUAGAUUCCCAAAACACAAAUCGGGGGAUUCACAUUAUUUCAAUCAAUUUCACAUAAUUACAGUAAUAACUUAGCAUGAAAACUAAGAACUCAACAAAGAAUUAUGAGAACACAACAUUCUCAUCCUUUAGUUAGGGAGUUGAACUAGACAUGGCUUUUCCAGAUUUCUGUUGAUGAAAAUGUGCCUUUUAUUUGUACCAAUGGUGUGUUUUCUUCUUCAAAGUGCAAUAGCUGGUCCUUCUCCAUGGGCAUGCCCUGCCGCUCAUUAAUGUGUGUCCCAAAUGACAACCCAGUCCUAAAUGGUGGGACUUGAGAGGUUUACUUACUCAAACCAUACCUUGCAGGCAGAUCUGCCUUGAAGGAAGAAAUACAUCAUAGUGGUUGAGUCAAUGGAGAGGGCGGAACAUAAUUUCUAACUCUGUAAUCACACAAUAUAAGUUAAAUUCUAAAACUGUUAGGGUGAGGGUUAAGAUUAGGGUGGGGUUAGAGAGAGGGUUUUGGAUCGGGAAAAACAAUAACCUCGCUUCAUUAAAUAUCUGCUCAGAGCAUUCUGCCAGUUCCAAAUGCAAGCUCCCCGCCCCCUCCAUUGACACAACCAAUCUGCCUCCAAGACAUGAUUAAGUGAAACUCCAAUGUGCUUAGGGCACCACUUAUUAUAUACACACACACAUAUUUUAUAUAUAUAUACAUACAUACAGUAUCUCACAUAAGUGAG